AUGUCUCACCAAGAUGGCGACGUAUAUGAGCAUAGAUUUAGUAAAAUACUUGUGUACAUGCAAAAAAAAGUUUCCUAUUUGUCGUUUGUAUCUCUGUAAACAUUGUUUAAAACUACGCUGUAUCGACUGUGUUCAGCAUGAAGUGGACACACCUUACUGUCCAAGUUGUCUGGAAAAUAUGCCUUCAGGGGAAGCAAAGCUGAAGAAAAAUAGAUGUAGCAACUGUUUUGACUGCCCCGUGUGCAGCCACACGCUGAUGACGCGAGCCACGUCUAGCCACGUGCCAGCAAACCCUGAGGACCCCAGCAAGCCAGUCACCAGAAAGAUGUACUACAUGGCCUGUGGCUUUUGUCGCUGGAGCACCAGGGAUAUCAAUCUCCCUGACCAAAGUGUUGCAACUGGGAGCUGGCCUGAGCUAGAAAAUCCACAUUCUAAAAGAAUAUCCAACCUUCUAGAGAAUUACAAGAUGAUGGCCCAGAUUGAAAAGGCUGAUAGGGAACGUAAAAAAUACGUCAAACGCAGGAACCACCUCUAUUUACAGGAAAAGUAUGGAAUUUCACCAUCUUCUGCCAAAAGGAAAGGCAUUGGAAAUUUCUCUAGUCUAAGCUUAAAGGAAGGAGACAAGGUGCCAGAAGGAUUGGAACCCAGCACCACAGUGGACAGUUUUGAUCCGCUUCCAAAUGAUUAUUUUACCCAACCAGCUGCAUUAGAUAAAAUCACCAAGUUGUCCCAUAGACUAACAGUGCCAGAGUACCAGCCUGAAGAAAUGGGUAAACUUCAUCCCAUACACAAGCAUCUGCUUAUGAGGAAGUCUCUCAGGUGCAAUGAGUGUGAACAUAACCUGAGCAAGGCCGACUUUAACCCAAGUUCUAUCAAGUUUAAAAUCCAGCUCACUGCACUACACUGGAUCCCUGAAGUCAGGAUCAUGACACCAUCUACAUUUACCUACAACAAGGAAACUGUGGUCACACUGACUAUAAGCAACCCUUCUGUUUUCAACACCAAUGUUUCUCUAGCGCAGAUAGAAAAUGAGACUGACACUGACUACUGCACUGCUAAGGUUGAGCUGCCUAAGAAGGAGCUAGUGUUGGCCAGCAGGGAUGAGCCAUCAAUGCAUGUUUAUGAUGAGAAUACACAAGCACAGGAGUUCAAGGAUGAUCCCAAGCUGAUAGUGUUUAGAAAGGGUAACAAGAUUGGCUUUGUUGUAAAGGUUACCCCUUUGGUUAAAGAAGGAGACGUUAAGAUCAACUUCCUGAUGAAACAUGAGUUCCGUAACACAACGGUAGCUGCCCUGCAGAGUGAAUCCAAGGAACCAGAGAUUGUGUGGCUGGAGCAUAAGGUCUAUCUGACACUAGGAACUAUUUAACUUAUCUGGAGCAUAAGGUCUAUCUGAUACUAGGAACUAUUUAACUUAUCUGGAGCAUAAGGUCUAUCUGAUACUAGGAAC